ACCAAAUAGAAAAAGUCUUAUACUUAUAUUACUUAUUUAUUUACCUUAAUACAUCCAAAGAAUGGAUACAACGAAACGAUACGUCGCUGUCUCCCCAUUGAUACGCAAACGAGGUACAGAAAGCGCUCUAUUACCAAAUCAGCCGAAAAAAAAACAAAGGCAGCAAUGACAUUUAUCUAAUUACGGAAUCGCGAUAAGGGAGUCUCGGGGUGGGUAAUAGGGGUCCGAGACUCCGAGAGAGAGGAACGCAGUUGGCGUCAUACCGCGGUGGAGCGCGGACGUCACACGCUCGGCUCGCGUCCUGAGCUUUCGCGUACCGUGCUUUCUGUGAAUGUGAAAUGAUACGUGAAAGAAAUAAGUUAUGUGCGUUAUAAUUUAGAUGUCUUAUUUUGUACAAGAUGACUGUGCUCCUCGUUUUUGGACUUUUCGUAGUAAUAGUCACAGCCCACAACAUCACCCUGUUAGAAGUUCCAAGGUAUGGAGACCCGUACCGGGAAGCAAACCUGAAAUGCCACUACGCGAACGACAAGGGCGACCCACCCUUGCACUCCGUCAAGUGGUACCGAGGGAACAAUGAGAUAUUUCGAUACAGUCCUGGACAACAGCCCCAAACCCGCACAUUCAACACAACGAUAGCGGGCGUGACCAGAGGCUCCUGUAACGAGCAUGUUUGCAGCAUCAGCGUAGUGCUGCCCAGGACUUACAACAUGAGGCUGUCUUUCACGUGUGAGGUGUCUACUGAAAGACCAAGGUUCGCCGUUGUGAAGCAGACAAAGAAUCUUACAGUAGCUGUGACGCUGAAGGAUGACCCACUAGUCGUAGGGGUUCCAAGCAGCGCGCAACUGGGCGAGGAUAUGGAGCUAAACUGCACCACUGGUCCUGCUAUGCCUCCAGCUAACAUUAUGUGGUAUAUCGACGGGAGACCAGAAAGGACUGAACCCUGGAUGGUGAACAAUACCAAAGUAUCGGGAGCCAAUGAUUUUGGCCUCCGUUCGAGUUGGAGAUCGUUGCGGCUUCGAGUGGCUACUGCCAGGGAUUACCUGCACCUUCGUUGCGAAGCCACUCAGCCCACCUGGCCUCCGUACGUGAGGUCUACUAAUGCGACCCUGAUGGUCGCUUCCCCUCAUCUUUCUAUGUUCACAGCAUCAGGUACGAAGUCGACCCUCGCAGAGAUAUUCCUGCUGGCUGCGUCGUGUACUAUAAGUAUUAAAUGUGUAUGAGAGCAACGCUGUGUGCAUUUCUGUCGCAAGAAGACUGAAGAUAGCUCCCUGUCUCUCUCUUUCAGCUGUUGAAGAAGUAUCACUUCUAACAUCAGCACGAUGUCUUAGUUUUAUCGGCACUAUAUUUGAAAAAAAAAAACAUUUCAUAUGUUAUAAUGUAUUCUAAAAUAGUAAGCACUGAAUUUUCGAUGUUAAGCAUCACAAGAUAUAAGAAAUAAUAUUGUAUUACUGUAAUUAUGAUUGGAUAAACGGUGGAAGCUAAUUAAAAAUAAUGUAAAAUAUGAUAAAAUGAAAUAAAAAUUGUUGUCUGAAUAAAUGUUGAUUGUUUGUUAGUUAUAUGCAACGAAUUACGGCGAUUUUCAUUAUUUAUUGUAUGAUUUAAAUUGUGUGUGUUUUUUUAUUUGUUAGUUAUUUUGAAGUAUUAUUAUUAUUUAAGGAUGUUAUUGUUUCGUUAAUGAAAUAGAUGUUGUUAUUUGUUAAUUUAUAAAGUUAUUUUAAGACCAUAAGUUAAGUUGUGACCGCUAACUAUUAUUAAAUAUUAUCAUCACACUAUCACGACGGAUAAGUUUGCAAGUUAACGAUUACAUUCGGAUUAAGAAGCAGUGUGGAAGUCUGUUAAAAUGAUAUUUGGUUUAAAUUUAUGUUUUUAUUGAUCACGAUAUUGUAUAGAUUACAUUCCGUACAUACAGUGACAAAUAUUAGUUGUUGGAAAACCGAAGAACAUCUUCGUUUUAUUGUGUGUUUGAAAUUAUGUAUCGUAAUUAUUCUAAUGUUGAAUAUAUUAAAAUUUAACUCACUACUUAGCGUUGUAUGUAAUUUCGUGUGAAUUCAUAGAAGUGGCACCAUUUUGUCAAGUACCAAACAAUCGUUUCAACAAAAUAUACAACUGCGACUUAUUGAUGAUCGUGUUGUUAGCCCAUCAAGGCAGCUACCAGUAUCCCGCAUAUUUCUGCCGCGAAACUGUCGUGCAUUCCUGUUUGAAAGGCGGAAUAGCCAUAGUAUAAUCUCAAUAUAAAUUUGAAACUCCAACCUCAUAUCUGAAGGUAGGCGAUGACCCUCAUUCAUUGUCUUAAAAGUUGUCUUAAGUUUUUUUUUGUAAUGCUUUGUUUUUAAAAAACACUAUUGUCAGUCUUUAAAUUUAAAAGCCAUAAUCUUUGUAAGCAUUAGUAUCAAGAAAAUAGGAGAACACAUUGAUCUUUCGAGAAUAUGUUUUUUCAUAAGUGUUCAACUUUUUAUGUGCAGAAGUUAUAACGAUUCUCUUAAAAUUACAAUUUCAGAAAUACCAGGGAAAAAAAUGUAAUUCACACGAAAUUAAAUUUUUCUAUUUACACCAUUUUUCGUCGUGCCAAAUUCUUAUAAAAUAUAUUAAUAAUUAAUAUCCACAUUGUAAAUUGUAUAUAAGGAACGUCUAGUUAGGAAAUGUAAGGCAUUGAAAUAAUCGUGAGUGAGGAUUGUAUCAUUUAUCAUUUUGUGAUUUAGGAGAUACAUUUGAGCAUAACGUAUUAAAAAUAUAAUUUAUUUUUUUAAUUAUUUUGUUGAAUUACUCUUUAGGUGGUUAUUUAUCGUUUAUACACGCAUCUACCGUUGGCUAUAUUGAUACCUCAUUAUUUUACGGUUAGGUAUAAAAAAAAUUAUUUUUAAUAGAUACCUCAACAGUUCUUAUUUAUUAAAAAGGCCAUGCAGGCUUACAAAACAAAUUUCAGAAAAAUAUUCAAAAUGGCUGUGCGAACUACAACAACACAUAAUUCAGUAAUAUUUCUUAGAAUAAAUAGUACAGUGGCUGAUUAAAUAAUGAUGAUUGAUGAACCUUAAGAUUAAGAUUCAAUCUACGUAUUACAUUUCAUACUUUAUUCUAUCAUUGACAUUUAAAAAAAAAAACCUGAAUAUUUAAUUUUUUUAAUUCUACAAAAUCUCCAUAAGAGCUACUAAACAAAAUAAAAACGUUAAAAAAAACAGAAAAGAUCCUUUAGUUCAUUGUUUUGUCUUUGUCUGCAUAUUCGUCUACAGAUUCAAAUUCAUCAUAACUGUGCCCCGUAAUUGUAUUGUAAAAUGUGCAGUAACCUAUUUUGCCUCCCUUCUCGGUCAUAGCAUCACAAUAAUUUUAUUUAAGAAAAUAAAUAAAUACUUAUAUAUUGUUUCUAUUGUAUAAUAUUAUCAUAUUAAUUAAAAGCGUGAUUGUAUCAAACAAGCUUCUUCUCAAACUCAUACACGAAUUCUUUGGCAGUCUCAUCACUAAUACGGCACAAAAGACGGAAUAAAAAUAACAGUAAAAUUGUUAUUUUUCCGAACCUCAAACAUUUGUAUAAUUUGCGAAUUUAUGACCGUAACAAACAAAUAUUUGUGACACGCUGAGAGCAUUUCACGGGAACCUGUCACGUAUUCUAACGAAACAUAAAGCGUAAAUUCCUCUGGCCCGAUCCGAGAAACACAAUAUUGCAUGUUAUCGACACGAGAAUUCCUAAAGUUCGUGCAAACGUUCACGUAAAAUACGUGCGUUUAUGUAAAUUUUUAUAUUUUCGUGCAAUCUCUUUAUAUAACACGAAAUUCGUUUUAAUACGUGACCUACUAUACCUAGUAUACAACUAGUGCCAUAAUGUAUUAAACUUAUGUCCUGCAGAUUGCAUUAUGUUGCUUUUUUUACCUUACACUUUAAAAUGUAAAAUAAGCGCGGAUUUCGGAAGAAUUGGCGGCCUGUAUCGACUUCUGGGUGUUAAUUUGGGACCCUAUAUCGUACCGCAAUAAUAGUUACUCCAAUACGCUAAUUUUAUCACCUAGAUGAUAUCAUAAUGUCUAGUGACUUGAACUACAGUCAGAGAUUUUAGAAUUCCGGUCACCGAUAUGUUCAUGCUUAAGAAUCUUUGGUAUGGUCUACGUUUAGUGUUUCAUAUGCAAAUAUUUUCGCAAUGUAACAUCGCAGAUAAUCCUAGAUUGGGGGCAUUAAGUAUGGAACGUAUCUACCCAUUGUUUUUUUUUCCUGAAUAACUGGUUAACGAUCGUUAAGACCAAAUUCACGCUAGUACUGUCCACUAUUCACAUUUGGCGCUAAUAACUAAAGCGAUUAUUAUGUCUCUUAUAUUAAAAGUUAUCAAAUUGUGUAUCUUAUGUUUCUUUGAAUAGAUGUUAUUUCCGUUCGAGCGUCUAGGCUUCAGACACUAACACUUUAUUAAUUUAAGGAGCUAGGGUCAGCUCCUUUGACAUUUAAUACAUCUUGAUUCAUAUAUUGUUUAAUCAAAACCCUUUUGAAUAAAGAAGCGGUACAUAAAGUUGUAGUCAGUAAGCUAAAAGUUUUGUAUCAGCCACGUAAAUGUUAUCUAACUGAUCACAAGCCAUAAGCCUAUAUAUAAGCUACUCAAAACUAAUUAGCAAUACAAGAUGACGUCAAAAUAGCAAGAUUGCUUUAAACUUUCAAGACCAUCAACAUUACAGACAGUAUUACUCAACGAUGUUUGAUUUUAAAACAUAGAAUUCCAGUGGUAACACCAAAAAUUAGACUGGAAAGAGACGACAGAUUUUUCUGCCUUAAACAUCCUACUCCCAGUCUUUAGUGUGCUUAGUGUAAGCUUUUUAACGUUAUCGAUAGCGUAAAAGUUAACUCAAAUUUGUAUGGAGUUGGAACGUUUACCUACGUUUGCCGCUAGGGGCGCUGUUCCAACUGCAUACAAAUUUAAGUUAACUUUUACGCUAUCGAGAACGUUAAAAAACUCUCACUAACCACACUUUUAGAUGCUGGCAGUAGUUUCGCAAUAUUGGUGACCCAAUGUGAAAAUCGAGGAAGAUAUUAACUCAUUUAACAUGUCAUAGUAAAGGAAGAAAAUGUAUCUCUUAAAUCAAAACAUAUUUUAUACCUAUAUAUAUUAUUGUAUAAAAUGUUGUAUGUGCGUGCUGUCGUGUUUUUAAUUUGACUAGUAAUCGUCCACGUUGUAUAGAUACAGUCAAUUUCGAGCACUAUCAAAAUGUUCUGUGAUACGUCAUGUUUGUUAGUUUAAAAAAAUAAUUAAUUUAAUUAACAAAUCGUAUAUCAAACCCGAAUGAUUUAAAAAUCGAUUUUUUUUUACAUUAUCUCUCUUUUCUCUAUAAAUAUAAAAUCCGUAACCUUCUUUAUUAAAUAUAUAUUAAUAUUUAUUAUUUUUAAUCGUGUCAAAAGUCGGGUUUGAUUGUGAUAUAUUUGAUAUUGUGAUUGUCGUUGGAUGUCAAAAAACUUACUGGCGAUAGCUGGCGAUAAAUAAAUGUGUUUAAACUGGUA